CACCUCUAGUCUGCUUGAUUCAUACAUCUCUGCUUCGGGACCUCUGCAGUCUUUAGGUUGAAUCUCGACACGGAUAGCACAGAACUCAUCCCGUCCGUCCCUUCACUCGGUCAACAUCACCGCACAUAAUGCCUCUCCACUUCCUGGCGUUGCUCCAUCCCAAACCCGACAAGGUUGCCCGUGUCGAAGAGAUUGCACAGUCAGUCUGCGAAUAUGUCCACGAAAACGAGCCAGGGGUCCUGAAAUACCAGUGGUUUCGAACUGGAUACCCCGAGAAGCCGAUGAUUGUCGUCUUGGAGACAUACCUUGACCAGGCUGCAGUGGAUACGCACAAGGCGAGCUCAAAAUUGGCCUGGCUCGUUGAGGUUUCUCAAAAGGAGGACAAUAUGACGGCUCCUAUUGAGCUACUCCCGCUCGAAGAGUUUGCGGGGUGGGAAAGUCGGUCUUGA